GACAGGGGAGAAGUAAACAGUUUCUGGAGAGGAUAAAGGGCGACGUCGAGUGAUUUUUAGGCUGCUCAACUCUCACAUAACGGAUUUUGGUCCCUUUAUCAUGGAAGAUGGUGCGAAAGAGGACCCAGCCCAGAAUAAAGAGCCAAAGUUCCUGGGUAAGGCUGGCUGGGUGAAGAAAGCCCACGGCAAACUGGUGGCGAGCUACAAGGACCGCUACAUCCACGUGGAGAGGACGGAGAUUGUGGUGUAUGAAAAUGAGGACCUGCAGAACUGCUUAGAGAGGUUUGACCUGGAAAACUACGAUCAAUGUCAUGAAUUAAAGAGCCCCUUCAAGAGGAAGCACAGACUGAUAUUGAUUCGAUCACCCAAGACUGGAAAUAAGGUUCACGAUGUGAAGCUCCAGGCUCAGACUGCGGAGGAGAAGGAGGCCUGGAUCAAAGCUCUGCUAGACGGCAUCAAUCGAGCAAAGAACAAAAUCUUUGAUGAGGUACACAUCUCUGACUCAUCUGACUCAGAAAAUGUCAAUCGAACAAGGCCCAAAGGAAACCGUGACCGGCGGCCACCGACCAGGAUACACAUGAAAGAGGUAGCUGAUGUGUCGUCUGACGGUAUCCUGCGUCUGGAUCUCGAUCUCGAGGAUGCCACGAUGCCUAACGGGACCCAUCAUGCCACCGUCGACGGCACUGAAACACCAAAAGAGGCAACAACAGUCUCGACUCCUCCGUCCAGUGACAGUGGAGCUGCAGAGAAACAGACAGGAGGUGCAGAGGAGGAGGCCGAGCCCGAGGUCACUCCCCCGAAAAAGGUCCUCAAACCUCCCAUGCCGCCGACCAAAGAGGUUAAACCCAGCUCAGCACCUGAGGAUGAACCUGACAAGGAUGACGGAGAAAAAGAGAAACAGGUCCUGAAGCCGCCUAUGCCUCCUUCUAAAAAUGCUAAACCCUGUGCUUCACCUGCUGAAGAAGCUACGGAGGACGAAGCUGAGAAGACGUCUGAAAAGAGUCCUGAUGUCAAGAAAAAGACGGGUCCACCACCAACGCCCCCCAACAAACCCAGCUCCAGCAGCUCUAUAGGUAACCUUGCCGAGGCCUCGCAGUCCAGGCCGGACUCCCACCCUCCGACCCCUCCAUCCAAAGAGAAGAAACCCUCCCAUGCUGCUGUGGAACCGGACCAAGAGGUUCAAAGCUCGACUGAUGAGACUGAAAAGAAGGAAGAAGGUGAUGAAGAGGAGGCGAUGGGAGCAGAUGAAGCUACAGAGGCUAAGGUCGGAGAUGAUAAACCUGAGAGUCCAGGAGCAGAAGAACAGGUUUCUGAGGAGGAGUCAGAGGAGAGUAGUGGUGUAAACGAAGCAUCCGACAAUGAGCCACAACUCAGAAAGAGCCCCAGUCCUCCUCUGGACCUCAAGAAAAAGCCUGAUGAACCUGACACGAAACACACGGAGGACGACGCACCUGUAACGCAGACUGACGGAGGACGGGACGCCGCAUCUCUGCAAACAGCCUCAGAUACCUCAGCCAGCUCUCCUCAAGCAGAAGAGUCGCCGCCCGAGAUUGAAGUCCCGCCAGUGGUGGUUUCUUUGAACGACAGCCUCAGCCUGCUCAGCGACCUGCCCGGGGAGAAGAAAAAGAAAACGGAGGAGAAGUCCGUGGACAGCGGUCAGCACUCGGAUGACGACAGCGCUGGCUCCGGGAGUGAAGACACACUGGCGGCUUCAACGGCUGCCCUGAGAGGAAGCCUCCCCUGUCUGGACGUGUUGGACGCCAGCGAGGACGACAUUCAGACCCCCGUUAGUAUAAAGCCGACACAGCCGCCGCCCAAGCCUCUGGUCAGACCAAAGGUGUGUCCCUGUCGGCCCACGCCUCCUCUCAAACCCUCAGUGAAAGUGAGAUCAGCCUCCAGUGGAGAUCUGCUGUCUGACUCUUCGGUCUGCAUUCAGGCGAAACAACAAACCAGACCGGUUUCAGGAGGCGACAGGCCUCCCAGCGAUGAAGUCACGAAACUGGAGACUGAAGUGGCGCUGGAGAUGGAAAAAACGAGGGAGCUCCUGAGCACAGUGAACCAGUCCCAGGGGGCAGGUGACGGGGAGGGCAUGCCCCAGGAUCUGCUGGCCAAGGCCAUGGAGAAGCUGCAGAAGGCCGACCACGUCCUGAGGGAGGUCAACAAACUGAAACUCGCAAAGAGCUCAAGCAACAGGAAGAGCUGGUGAAUAUCAGUCAGAGCGGACUGACAUUCGCAAUCGACCGUUCGCUAAACCCUUCUCCUGAACAGUAGGCGGGUUUCCAUGACAGAUUUGUGCAAAAAUUAAGCAAUAAUUUCAAAAUGAGUAUCAACAAUCAAGAGGACCAUGGUGAACGCACGCACGAGAAUCGACAGUCAUUGUUGCCCUCGUACUCGUUCGUCUGAGACGUAAUGCGCAUGCACAAGUGCGGCCAUGAUGUUAUCAUUCUCACAGGAUCUGUGCACCGCCAGUUUACACGGCAGCAGAAGGGUGGCAUUUUCAGAUAAUUACGCUCUGGUACAGGGUUUCAAAAGUUUAUGAUUUCCGGACCCCAAAAUGCUGUUGUCAUGUGAACGAAAGGCUAAACCGCAACAAAAGAUUAAUGAUUCAAGCGAGAACGGUUGCCGUGUGAACAGCCCCAAAGGCUGGAUUUACACUAAAUGGUUAAAGUGACCCAAUUCUGACUUUUCAAAACAAUGGAUGCCAUUCACUCAUCACUAUGUGGGGCAUGUACAAAUUUUGGUGAAUUACGUUUUGUAGGAGAGCGUACAAACAGUGCAUGAAAACAGGCUGAAAACAAAUAUAUAUAUAUAUUUAAUAUGGUGAAAACCAGGCCAUUUUAGUGUUUUACAGAUAUUUGUGGGGAUGCACAACACCCAGCUUGAAACUGGGAAAAUCGUAGACAAACAGGAAUGUCUGGUACUGUUUCCUCACUCUGAGGAGCGAGUCCUCAACUUUGUCAGAGUUUAGGCCAAGAUUAGCAGCUCCGUCCUACUUUUUAUUGGAUUUGGGAAAAUUUAAACUCCAGCAACUCCGGCCAAUAUGACCCAAGAUGUACCUCUUUUCCACCACAAUGUGUGUGUGCAUGUGGUUUUUUUUAAACACAGGUAAACCCGCGAAAAAUGCUGCUUUCCCAUUGCCAG